UGCUAAAAAUGUGACAGAGCCGCUGAUGGAGGGAGAAGGUUGGGUCUGCGAGUGGGAUUUUUACUUGAUUCUGUUUACCAACAGUAACUGGAAACGGUUUCUAACAAAGACAAAGGAGGAGAGUUUCUGAAAGCUAAGUCUGAGAAUGAGAGCAUGAAGUUUCAGUGUCACUAGAGUAAAUGUCACAUAGGAUCCAAAAGCAGAAGUGGCCGGGUUUCCUGCUGGCUGUCAUGCUUCUUUUAAGUAAACAGUCGACGUGUUUAUGAGAUAAAAGCCGAGGCCGUUUUCAGAGCCUUUCUGGCACAAAGGUUCUGCUUUUCCAACCAUGAUAUGCUGAAAGUUUUCCGCCUCACGUAUCGACCCAGAAGAGCUCCUGGCACCAGCUGUGAAGCCCGAAGCAGCUUCUUGGAAACCGGUUAUAACGUGACACUGGCCCACAGCCAAAAACACUGCCUGGGGUUUUUCCAACUGUUUCAGGGUCAUUUUAAUGAGCCGAGUCCAAAAAUCUCGUUGGUUUUGCUCAAUCGGGUCAACUUUCUGAGCUAUGGAGCAACAUGAGCAUCAAAAUGCAAGACUUGUUCUCACAUCUGGAUCGGUUUCCUGAGGAUCUGGACCAAUGAGGGAUGAGCAGGAGAGGACCUUGUGACCUUUGACCUGAUGGAGGACAGGAAUGGGGACUGCCAGGCGUCGGAGGAGACAGCUGUCGACUCUGAAAUCAGACGAACCCAAACGGACCAGCAGACUAACAACAACAGAUCCAGAUGGACAAACGGUCAGUGUGUCGCGGCGAUCCCGACCAGUUCAGCGCUGAGCCCCAGAUUUGAUCUGGAUCUCUGUCGAUCCAAACUGGAGCAGGAAGGUUUUGAGAUUCCUGUUAGAGACCUGGAAGAGCCACUGAAAACAGCUCUGGAUGUCCCCUCAGUCAGAAGAUACAUGGUUUUCAACUCGGGCCUUUUCCACUUUGUUUUAGCGCCGGUGCUUUAUGUGGUGCUGUGGUGUGCAGUUUUCUCAACCCUCCACCUGUACAUCACCGUUACCGACUACUGGGUCCUCAUUCUGUCCGUCAGCUUGGUUUCCAUCCUCCUCACCACCGCCAUCAUCUACAUUCUUCAUCACAGUAACAAAGAAAUCAACAUCAACAUCGACGUUCGGUUGAUCCAGGUGAAUGAGAGAAUGAUGAAGCAUAAAUUGAUGGUGGGUGUUGCCGACUGGGUCCAGAACUGCGCCGGACAAAUGCAGCUGUACUUGGUGUACUGGGACAUGUCUUACUGCUUGAGGACACUGUCUGACACUUUAGAGGAGCGCAACUUCGUGACAAAUGAAACGCAGAAAACCAUGAAGAGCAGAAUGUCACAUCUCGUCUUGGUGACGAAGCUCCCUCCCAUCAACCCCGAGGCCGGCGGUUCAGAUGUCGAGCAAGACUCUGAUGAAAACAGACCUCUGCUGAGAAAUGAGGACACAGGGUGCAGUACGCCGCCCAGCCAGUGGGGGGACUCGAAGGUCACCUCUAACUACUGCCUUGUUCCUGAAGCUUCACUACCUGCUCAGGCUAAAGCCUACCAACUUCUGAUGACCUACAGUGCAGCGUACGUAAAGCUGCUAAUGUCUGAGCGGCUGGCCGGGCCAUCCCGUCACCGCCUGCGGCCCCUGAGGAGCCACUGCACCACGGCGCCGGUCUGCCUCUGCCAGUACAUUAAAACCAAAGUCCUUCGGUAAAAAAGAAAACUGAAGGCAAACAGACAAACGAACAGGAUUUAUCCUUCUGGAGCCAACGUGGAUUCAAGUUAUCCGCUGAUGGACUCGUUUGGACCGUAACUCUAUAUUUUGUUGAUGUUUUUUCUCUUCGUCCUGUGAUGCAGCUCGUUUUAUUUUUUCUUGCCUAGUUUCUGAUUUUCUGCCAGCUCUGUGUUUGCACCACCUGGAUGUUAAUUUGUUCACAUUCAGCCAAAUGCUGUCAUCGUUCAGCCCAACUGCUGGCAAACAAUAUUUAUAGUUGUUUACACAUGACAAUCGCCACCAUAUUUACUAUCUAGAGUCGUUUAAAUUAUUUAUACAAAUGAUAAUUAUACUGUAGAGCUGUUUGAAUUAAUGUGCUGUUUAGUGAGCCACGAAGAAAGCUUUUCUGUGCUGUGAACUGUUAGGACCUUUAGUUGAAAAGGAAUGAAUGGAUACAACAUCAAUCACAUUGAUUCAAACGUGAACUCUUGAUCAAAUGGAGAAAAGAAAGUACACCCACUUUCCAUUUGGGCUUUUUUGCAUCAGGACAUAAUAAAUAUUAUCUGGUUUUUAGAGCA